AUGACGAUCUCGUCUCUCUCCAACUUUGGUAGUGUGUUCCUCAAUUAUCGAGGAGACCAGUUACGCUAUGGGUUCGUCAGUCAUCUCAUAGACGCAUUUGAGAGAUACGGGAUCAUGUUCUUCAUAGAUAAGGACGAGCAAAGAGGCAGAGAUUUGACAAACCUCUUUCUAAGGAUGAAAGAGUCUAAUAUCGCACUGGUAAUCUUCUCUAGCAGGUAUGCGGAGUCGAGCUGGUGCAUGGAUGAGCUAGUGAAGAUAAAGAAACGUGUGGAUAAAGGGAAGCUCGAAGUCAUUCCCAUCUUUUACAAGGUAAGGGCAAGAGAUGUGAGAGGACAAACAGGCAAGUUUGGGGACAAAUUUUGGGCGCUAGCAAAGGUUUCAAGUGGAGAUCAGAUCAAGAAGUGGAAGGAUGCCCUAGAGUGUAUCUCCAACAAGAUGGGGUUGUCCUUGAGAGACAAAAGGUACUACUCGUUCUUAUUGUGUUCCUGA